AUGGAGCAACUAGAGUCACUAGAGAAGGCCCAGAAAGCGGCGGCAGAAGCUGCCAAGAGUCAAGAUACCUUCGAACGUGAGCUUGCAGCCAUGCAGGUCCAAGAAGAGUUUGCUUUUCCUGCUGAUGCCGAUGCCAAUGUCGACAUGGAGGGUGCAAUGUCACCUGCAUCUUUGGUUAAGGGUGGCGCCGGUAGUAGUCUGAAAUCUGUGGUCGAGCGCUUGCAGGAGCAACUCACCGUCGAAAUGAAAGCAAAGGAGCUGGGCCGAGAUGGGCUUGCCAUGGCAUGGCUGGCCAUAGGCAUCAUGAUUUUCCAUGAAGAGAUUCCCAGAUUUGAGUUGUUGGACAUUGAGGCGGAGGAAAUCACUCUGAAGUUGGAGGAAGUCCGGGAAAUGACCCAGCUCUCAGCCAAAGAUGAGACCUGGACCGAAGAGGUGCAAGUGGAAUGGCACAAGGAGGCGUUAUGGUCUUACUACAAGAGCCAUCGUGCCGAAAUGGUGCAACUGCAGCGCCGCAGAGCUGUUUUGGAGAGAGCCAAUGCACAACAGAAUGCACAGCCGAAGAAUACUGAGAGCCAUGAGGACGUGGCCUCACUGAAACGUGCCACCGAACAGCUGAGUGUCCAAAAUGAUCACUUGACGAGCACUCUGGCGGCCAAGAACAAAUUUCUUGAGGAGCAGCGCUACCUCCAGAAGACGGGACUGGAGAUGCUGGAGACGCAACGAGAGCUGGAACUGUGUCUGUCGGAGGAGAUCAAUGCUCUGCAGGAACGGGAAGAUCAACUGGAAAGCCUUGCCAGGGAACUCUGCCAGAUUCGCCAGCGACAGAAACAGCAGCGGCAACUGCAAAGUGCCGAGGUUGCGCGUCUGCAAAGCCGGCUUCAUGUGCUGCGUUCAAGCGGUGUUGGGCAGGUAGAUCCCAUGGCCACUGAACAGAUGGAACUGGAGACUUUGGAGGUCUCGGUGGAUUGCCGCGAAGCCGCUUGCGAUGCGGAGAUGUGGAUGUCGUGCCUGCCGAGUCAGGUCCGAGAGGAUGCUGGGCUUGGACAGUCUUUUGACUCCAUCUGUGGCCUUUACCGUUGCUAUCACAAGGCGCGCAUCCUGAGCCACUGCAUUCACCAGCAUUGUGUGGCCAGAGCGGCUCUGGUGCAGGACCUUUCGCUGAUGCGCUACUUGUGCUCUGCCAUGUUGGUUGCCGCCCAGCUGGCUUACGCGGUGGUGGGUGUUUUGAGCUGUCUCCAGAGCACAGAGGUUUCCAAGUACACGGAGCUCUCACAGUUGCCAUCCUUCACCACAGCUGCUCAUGUGGGUGAGAUUGGGCUGGAUGCCCUAUUAAGGAGCUUCCUCCAGAUCUGCCGUGGUCGAGAUGAAAGUAGCAGCGCCCAACGUGAAGCGCUACUUGCAGCGGUGCGGGCGCAAGGAGCUCAACUAAUGUCUCUGCAGAAGGCCUUGUUCAAGGACGAACAGCACUACGAAGUGUCGAAACUCCGUGGCGCUUGCGCGUUGGAAGCUUUCCGCGCCGCCUGCGCAGGCGCCUUGUAUGGCAGCACUAUGGCGGGUGGAAACUAUCGGGCGACAUGGCAGGAGCUCUAUGAGAUGUCCGACAGGCUCUUGGGAAAUGCGGAAACAGAAAGCCACAUGGAAUUGUUCUCCAUCGUUCGUCCCAAGCAGGCGACUUCAGAUGAGGAGGAAGAGGAGGACAUGGAUGAUCUGAAGAAAUCUGAAGCUUCUCAUGCACUCCUGGCCGGUUGCAUCGAUGCGCUGAUGCGACACGCUGUGAGCUUGGGCGCUGGUGCGACAUCUGAGAAGGAGUCCCAGCAAGUCAGAACUUUCAGCCUGGCUGAGAAGGAGUUGCAGACCCUGAGCGAAAUGUGGGCUGAAGCCGCUGAAGCCGCUGAAGGAAGUGAAAGCAAAGACGCAGCCGGAGCUGAGGCACAGCUGCCAUGGGAGAAGCUUCGGGAGAAGGUACGACAAGAUCUGCAGGUUGCUGAACAAGCGGCACAGCCGGCGUAUGAGCAAGCGAGCAAGGGCUUGGAGAAGGUGGAAUUGUCGAUGAGUACCACCCAGGAGCGACUGGCUAGGGCCAAAGACGAGAUGCACGAGGUGGAGAAGAACUUUGGGAAAACACGCCUUGAAGCCGAGAGAUUGCAGUUGCUGCUGAGCAGCGUAAAGCAAAGACGCAAACAAGCGCAGAAGGGCGGCGAUGCGUGUGAUGCCUUGGAGAAAGAAGUGAAGCAUCAAUCAGAGCAAUGUGAAGAAAUGACUGCCAACUACCAGGAAUCAAGCCAACACUGUGAGGAGUUGCGGCAUCGUUUGAAUGAGCUGGAGCGCCGCAUCAUGCGCCGCUACCGCGACGUGGCUCCUGAGGAGGUCUUGGCCUUGCGGCGCAGCGUGGCACGGCAGCUGGAGGACAUCCAGCGAUGCAAGGCCAAGGCACAGCGGAAUGGACACAGUGCUGGAAUCUUCCAGGAGCUUCGGCUUGUGCCCGACAUCCGCAGACGUACGGACUCGGAGUCCAGUGAGACCGGUGGUGCUGUGGAAUUAUGGACCGAACUACAGAAGAUCAGAGAAGAUCUGAUGAACGUGAUGAUGACACCCCUUCGCUUGGACGAACCAGAGCCCGAACCCUCGACGAGGCUACAGAGUCUGGCGAAACGAGUAAAAUCCUUGCGCGAGCGCGUCACUGAAUGUGCCAAGGAGGAGGUGAGUCGUUGCACUUCAGCGGCGGCUGGUGCUCCACGUUCCACGCGUGGGCAAUUCGACUCUGUGGCCCUGACGCGCUUCCUGAAAGCCACCAACGACGCUGUGCGUCAUGGACCCAUGGGAAAGGUGAAAGUGCCUAUCAUGGCGCGAAAACCGCGGGCUGUUACUCUGCCGUUGCAGAUGGACGAGCAAGAUCUUCGGGCGCUGCAUGAAAUCCUUCUGCCGAUCUGA